AAACAAACAGAAGUUUCUAUGUUAUACCGCCACCGGUUUCCAGUUUGCUGGCUGAUUCAAAAUAAGAAGUUCUGAGAAAACAACAUGAAAGCGUUACUGAACGCUACCAACACCACAAGUCGACUAACGCCGCUCUUGAGACUCCAUCCUUUUCCCGCUCUACAAUUUCCACUCUCCCACUUCAAACUCAACUCAUUAAAAUUCCACAAAAUCUCUAAUCGCAGAACAAUGGCAUCAUCACCAUCCUCAUCUUCAUCUUCAUCUUUAUCUUCUUGUGUUAAAGUGAAAGAUAAAAUUGAUUUGACAGAAAAAGAGAAUCAAAUAUUCUCAAGAUUAUUACAAGUUCUUCACCAUUUUAAUCUUCCUACAGAACUCCGCGUUGCCGGUGGUUGGGUUCGAGAUAAGCUUUUAGGGAAAGAUUGUCAUGAUAUUGAUAUUGCAAUAGACAAUAUGAUGGGGAAAGAGUUUUGUGAAAAGAUUAAUGAAUACUUAUCGUUUGCUGGGGAAGAAACGCACGAAAUUGGCGUUAUUGAUAGCAAUCCUGAUCAGUCAAAACACUUAGAAACAGCUACGAUGCGAAUGCUUGGGGAAUCUAUUGAUUUCGUAAACUUGAGAUGUGAAAAGUAUAGUGAGGGCAGCCGGAUUCCUACAGUGGAAUUUGGUUCUGCUGCACAGGAUGCGGAUCGAAGGGAUUUAACUAUCAACAGUUUGUUUUACAAUAUUAACAAGAAGUCAGUGGAAGAUUUCACUGGACGAGGUUUAGCAGAUUUAAAAGCAGGAAAGAUUGUAACUCCAUUACCUCCAAAGGAGACAUUCUUGGAUGAUCCUCUACGAGUACUUCGUGCUAUUCGAUUUGGAGCAAGGUUCAGAUUUUUACUUGAUGAAGAGUUAAAGGAAGCUGCUGCAAGUAAUGAGGUCAGAGUUGCUAUUGGAGAUAAAAUUAGCAGGGAACGCAUUGGGAAAGAAAUUGAUCUCAUGAUUAAAGACAAACAACCAGUUCAGGCAGUGACCUAUAUCUGUAAUUUACAGCUUUUUUGGGUUGUUUUCACUCUUCCUGCUAAAUCCGAGCCUGCUGUAUCGGAGGGGUGUGACAGGCUUUGUGUUGCUUCAGUGGAUGCUGCAUGGAAUCUCUUAGAGCUACUUGGGCGCACGACCUUUGAUGAUGUUCAAAGACGGCUUUACUUGUAUUCGGCAUUGUUUCUUCCACUACGAGAGGUUGUUUAUAGAGACAAAAAAGACAAAAAGGUUCCUGUUACAAAUUACAUCUUUCGGAAUUCUCUGAAGUUGACAAAUAGCGAUGCAGAAACGGUCAUGAGCAUACACAGUGCAUCAGAAAGAUUCUUAUUGUUGAUACCCUCCUUAAGGACCUUAACUGAAAGCGAGACUGUAGAAGCUGGUAAAGGAGGAGAAAACUUUGAUGUGCUACUGACGUCAAGAACGCGAAUACUGGCAGGACUGCUUUUAAGGGAAAUCAAGAGUCUCUGGCGUGUUGCGUCAUUGAUCUCCACAUUAUUGUACCCCAUCGAUUUUGAUCAUGCUGAGGUUUCUCCAGACAAGCAGAUUGAGUUAGAAAGGCGCAGAAAUUUGUUUACAGCAGUUGAAACUGCCAUCAUGAAAUUAGGUCUGGAAAACGUGUGGGAAAUGAAACCAUUGGUCAAUGGGAAGGAUAUCAUGACCGUUCUGCAGCUUAAGACUGGAGGACCCCAAGUCAAGGAAUGGCAACAAAAAUCGCUUGAAUGGCAGCUUGCCGACCCCUGUCGUACUUCUGAGCAAUGCAUUGAUUGGAUGCGAGAAAGUCUUACAAAACUCUCAUAGCGGGAGUGACAGAUCAACUUGUUUGCGUUACAUUUCUUACCUUGGGUGAAGCCUCAGGUUCAAAGAUAUGCACAAGUUUUGUAUAGCUUACUACGGUAGAUGGAAGAUCUUGUAAAAUCUUUUAGUUCUGUUAUACGGUAGAUGACCUAGCAGGUUCAAAGAUAUGCACAUUUUAGUUCUGUUAUACGGUAGAUGGAAGAUCUUGUAAAAUCUUUUAACUUCCCAGAUUACACAGUAAAAUAAUUGUUUUGAGAUGUAUAAUGGUUUUUACAUUAGUACAUUGAUAUGAACAAUGUAGAAGAGGUAUUUGAGCUUAAGCUAAUUGUAGUAGGACUGUAUUUUGUAUGAUACUAUGAUUUCUUAGGUAGAUUUUCCAUGGAACAUUCUUCGCAUAAUAAA